AUGUCAUGUUUGUCUGAACUUUAUUUAAAUGAGACCGCUAUAAAAGAUCUACCAUUAUCAGUGGAGCUUUUAACUGGCCUUAUUAAAUUGGACCUAAGAGACUGCAAAAACCUUUCAAGUCUUCCAAAUGCUUGUUAUAGUUCAAUGUCUCUAAAAUUUCUCACUUUAUCUGGCUGCUCAAAGCUUGAUGCACUACCAGAGAAUUUGGGGGAUUUCGAAGGCUUGGAGGAGUUAGAUGUAAGUGGAACUGCAAUAAAAUACCUACCUACAUCUCAUCUUAAAAAUCUCAGAGUAUUGUCUCUUCGUGGAUGUAAAGGGCUAUCACCUAAACCUUCGAAUAAACUCUUUAGUUUUCCUUCAAUGCAACAGAGAAGAAGUCCAGAUCCGAUUGCCAUGUUAGAGUUUUCUUUAUCAGGCUUAUGGUCUUUGACUGAACUAGAUCUAAGUUAUUGCAAUCUUCAAGCAAUUCCCAAUGCUUUUGACUGCUUGUUGUCUUUAUUGAAAUUAAAUCUAGAGGGAAAUAAUUUUGUUUCGCUUCCUAAAAGUAUGAUUCAACUAUCUAAUCUAAAAGAUCUUGUUCUGAGUUGUUGCAAGAAUCUUCGAACAUUGCCUGAGCUUCCAUUAAACAUUAAGUAUAUCGAUGCAACACAGUGUACCUCGCUAGAAACAUUAUCAUCAGAAUCAGAAUAUGAUUUUCAGCCAGCACUUCGGCUUCUCAAUUGCGUCAAAUUGAUUGAGAAUCAAGGCUACAGUAACAUGUUAUUAACAAUUCUAAGACGUUAUUUCAUUAACGAAAAGCAUUACCGUGGGCAAGAAAGGUUGGCACAUUAUAUCGACAUUCCUGGAGGUGAAAUUCCGAACUGGUUUUGCCACCGAAACGUGGGGGCUUCAGUGAGUCUGCAAAUGCCUUCAGGUUAUUGUAACGAGUUAGUGGGAAUUGCUGUGUGUGUUGUUUUUGUAUUCCGCCAACAUAAUCCAUUAGACCAACUUGAUUUUAAGGAUUGGGGACUUCAUAGAUUUACACAUGAGCUUUUGUGUUCCAUUGAAUCCAAAAAAAAUCAAAUUGACGAAGUGGCCCAUGGUUUUUCUGAAAAAUUUGGUAAGAUUGAACGGCAUCACCUUUGGCUGCAAUAUUUUCCCUCUCAAUUCUUUAAAAAGGACUGGAAAGACGUGUUGAGUAAAAGCUUUGCUAAUGGAUUCAGUGAUAUUGAGAUUAAAUUUAAAACUUGGGGUCCAGGAUUGGAGGUUACAAAAUGCGGGGCCCAUUUGGUAUUCAAGCAAGACGUUGAAGAUCUCAAACAAACUAUUGUUGGGUCUAGCAGAAGCUGCAGCAUCACUCCUUAUGAGGAUGAUUUUGACGAUUCAGCCAGCGAUGCCAUAAUUAAGGAAAGCAAUGACAACUAUGAUGCGGAAGGGGCUGGACGUAGUGGAGAAGGUACCUCUAAUGACGUAGACGCACCACACCAAAAGUGGAUACAGCAUCCAAAUGGGCCCAAUCUAAUUGAAAAUUGGAUUGGGAAUUUCAAUUAAUGCACACAAUGACAAGGUAACUCGGAUAAAGAGGCCAUGCAAUGCCAGCGGCAUAGAUGAUCGUCCUACUGCCAGUAGCACGGGGUUUGGUGCUACUACUGCUACCACCAGCACCACUGCACCGUCUUUGGGUGUCAGGACUUUAUGCUGAUUAUGAUGAUGGAGUGGAGCUGGGUUUAGCAACUCAAAAACUGAAAGAUUCCAGAAAAAAUAUCAUUUUCAAGUAUCUACUUAUUUUCUCAUGUGGGUUUUCCUUUUCCCAGAAACUGUCUUUUUUUUUUUGGCACACAUUUGUUUCUUGUAUGUGACUAUGUCUCUGUUUGGCUGCAAGGAAACUUGAGGAAAAUUAAUGUAGAAAGGGUAAAAAACUUAUGAAUUCUAUCUCAUUUGAUGUUUUAGUUUUGGGGAAUUAUAAUGCUUGACUAAUAUGAUCUGAAAUAGUGAGCUAGACUUGGUUCUUGAGUUCUCAACUUUCUAGGUUCCCUCUGAAACAUAUAAAUUUUGUUUUCUUGUCCCAUAUUUUUAAUAGAAUCUGAAAGAGUGACAAAAUGCUGGGGUUUUUUCUUAUGGUUUUGUUGUCAGAACACAUAAACACGGCUCAAGCAAGCCAGUUGUGUUUGGCUUUGCUGGCAAUUUCUUUCCUUCACAUAAAAUGCAAUUUUUUCCGCAAGAAAAUAGGAGCUUAUUAUGGGUUACAUUGUUUUGUAUAUAUGUUUUCUGAAAGUACCAGUUGGAGCUAAGCCAGAAAGCUUUGGAGAGAAUAUAAUUGUAUAUUUGGGAAAAGGUUGUGGGACGACCCACAUUGCUGUACUGCUUAUACACAAGCUGGGUCACUUGAAAAGGAAGCCCCAGAAGAACAUAUGCAUCUUUAUUGCCCCUACAGUGGUUCAGUUUCUGCUGGGAGGAAUGAUGGGUGUAGUAGUUUUGGUGUCACUACAAAGAAAGUCGUUGGAUCCAUAGGAGGUUUCAAUAGUCAACUACUAGCCAGGAUGGAUGGUGCAGAAACGUGGACUCCCUCUUGUAAAAAAACAUGAUGGACAACAGAUUUGGCAAAUUCAAUCCACUCUUCAUCUUCAUUUAUUUUGACUCUUCUUAUUCCCAUCAUCUUACUAUAAAUUUGCCACUCUCUCUCAUUCUAUGUAUA